AGAGCCUCCUCUUUAGGAUGGACCUCCUUUUCCCGCACCGCCUCUCUAGCUGCGAUCUCCGGACAAGCGAGUCCUUCGACUGCCAGGAAGGCUUCGGCUACGGUGCCUUCCAAAAGCGCUUGUUCAUUCUUCUUCUUCUGGCUGGCUUGUCGCUGAGCUGCCAAACCACCGUGCUGCCCAUCAUCUUAGGUGACGUGGACCACUGGUGCAAGCGGCCCGAGAACCUCAACAUCUCUGCAGCCGAUUGGAAGAAUAAUGCCAUACCACUCGAAGCCGACGGAAAGCCCAGCCACUGCCACGUCUACGAACGAUGCAUGCCGCCAGCUGACCACGACGUUUCCACGCGGCAGUGGAUCGACAGCGCCGUGCAAGCGCCGAUGAACUGGUGGUACAACGAAUGCGUGAUCAACGACCGCGCCCCAGAAACCUCCAACGACACAAUGGCCUGCGAGGAAUGGGACUACGACAACCGGACGGCCAAGACCACGGCGGUGAGCACUUGGAACUUGGUGUGUCAUCGACGCCUGCGGCUGGCUGCCAUCAGCGCACUGCAGAACGCAGGCAGCGUUCUUUUCCUCGGCCCAUUCGGAGCGUUCGCAGACUCGCUGAGUCGAAAGACCACACUCCUGGCAUCCGCUGCAGCGUUGGUGACUACCACGUUAUGCACAUUUCUGGCAACCAAUUACCACCUUUACACCCUGGCACGCUUCCUUGUCGGAGGCAGUGUCGGCUUGAAUGAAGUCUUUAGCGUAGUCGUUCCAUUCGAGGUGACGACGCACGCACACAGACCACUGCAAGUCCUCUUCUGGACGGCGCUGGGCAUUCUGCUUGGUGACGUGUGGUUUAUCGUAGUACAGCGUGUGUCCAUCGAUUGGUCACUAAAACAGAUAAUCUUCCUUGCGCCGGCUGCCCUUCUCCUCCCGGCCUCCUUCAUCGCACCAGAGUCGCCUCGUUGGCUCGUGGCGAGAGGAAGGUUGGCAGAGGCUGAGGCGGUGAUGAUGCAGGCUGCCGAGACUAACAACUUCCCUAUUACCGACACGGCCGCUCUUAUGGACAAACUAAAGGAAGAGAUCGAGACAAGAAAAGCUUCCCAGGCAGCCAACGAGGAAGAGUUACUAGACUCUUACUCUCUGCGACGGCGAGCACUCGCUAUGUUCACCGCCUACUUCACGAUGACAUUUGCAUAUUACGUCGCCAAUUUUUCAUCAGCGCCGAUGGACGACGCGUGGCUCCCAUACGUCAAGGUCACCGUCACGCUGGUGGCGUACGGGAUGAUGCACGUCCUGGUUACCGGGGUCGCUCUAGUGACAGUGCUUAGCGUGUGCUUCGUGGUGACCGGCGUCAUCUACUGCCUGCUGAGCGUCGCCGCCGGUGCUGGACUCGGCACGAUCGAAAGCUUAUUGCUCGUGCUGUGCAGAGGCGCCUCAAUAGUGGUGAUCCUUCACUGUUUCGUGUACGUCAUGGAGCUCUUUCCGUCGGCCGUGCGGUGCGGCGCGAUGUGCUGGAUGUUCGCGUGUGGACGCGUCGGUGCCACGUUCGCCUCCGUAACCUUCGUCUUGAACCUGGCGGGACACGAAGACGUGGCCUUCGGCCUUGCGGCGACCCUCCUCUUCGCCAGUCUGCUCGUGAUCCGUACCCUUCCCCGCACGACGUUGAUCGAGCAAGCUAAGGAGGAGGCUCCGCGCGAUGGGAAUAGCCACAGGAGGAGCAAUGUGGAACACAUGAUGCGAACUCUCGAGCAGCAGACGGAUCACAAGACCAGCGAGAGCUCGAGGAUUCGAAAGAGCACUGCUGGCAACGCUGAAAGAGCUGCUAAGACAGCCGGCGGGCGCCACGGCCACAGACAUGGAGUCACCCAGGCACCCUCAACCACAACCCCUCAAGAGCAACCCGUGCAAAGCAGGCACGGUCAUAAGUCGGCGCAGAAGUGACGAUGCCAUCGCAAGUUCAUCGCUCCUCGACCGCGGUGCGGUCCUUCGGAACGAACGUUACACUUCAGGCGUGUUAUCAUAAAUUCGGCGAUUGAUUCUGACACUGCUGGAGAAAUUAGCGUGGACUUAUUUUCACAGUGUAUUUCUUUCUUUAUCAUCGUUAUCUUCGCAUGCGUUUCCAACGUGUUAAGACAUGCCUUAUAUGUUUUAUAUGAGCUGCCUACUGCGUAGCCUUCUUUCCGGCAUACCUACCUAACUUGAUUUUCUUGCCGAAAAGUUACUUUCAUUGUGAGUAAAAUCUUCAUUUGCUGAUAUUGGAAUAAACUCUGGCCCG